UUCCUAUCACCUCACUCUGCUUCAUCCAUCCUCAUUCCCGUAAAAAUGGCGACUUUCCUUCCUCGUUCUCUUGGUCUUGCUGAAACUGUAAUUCGGAAUAAUGGAGCAAAGCUGCUGGCAGCGACGGCGCUGCCCCACAAGCAGCAGGUGCGCAACCUGAACGUGCACGAGUACGUGAGCUACACGCUGCUGCGCGACGCCGGCAUCCCGGUGCCCAAGUUCAACGUCGCCAAAUCCAAGGACGACGCCCUUAAGUUCGCUAAGGAGCUCAAUACCAAAGACAUCGUCCUUAAAGCACAGGUCCUAGCCGGAGGACGAGGAAAGGGAGCCUUCAAGAAUGGUCUCAAAGGUGGUGUCCGUAUGGUUUCCACACCGGAGCAAGCCGCUGAGCUCGCGAGCAAGAUGCUCAACCAGUACCUGGUGACGAAACAGACCGGCGCCGGCGGGCGCAUCUGCAACAUGGUCAUGGUCACCGAGCGCAAGUUCCCGCGCCGCGAGUUCUACGUCGCCAUCAUGAUGGAGCGCAGCUUCAAUGGUCCCGUGAUAAUCGCGUCGUCGCAAGGUGGCGUGAACAUCGAGGACGUGGCGGCGGAGAACCCCGAGGCCAUCACCUACGAGCCCAUCGACAUCAUCAAGGGAAUCACUGCUGACCAGAUCAACCGCGUCAUCGAGAAGAUUGGGCUUCAAGAAAGGCAACAAGAAGCUUCUGACAUGAUUGCCAAAAUGUAUGAGCUGUUCUUGAAAAAAGACGCUCUGCUUAUCGAGGUGAACCCUUACGCCGAGGACGCUCUCUCUGGCAAUUUCUUCUGUUUGGACGCCAAGUUCCGUUUCGACGACAACGCCGACUUCAGGCAAAAGGAACUGUUCGCACUGCGCGACACCACGCAGGAAGACCCCAAGGAAAUCGAGGCCGCCAAGUUCAACCUGAACUACAUUGCUCUCGACGGCACGAUCGGUUGCAUGGUGAACGGCGCCGGGCUGGCCAUGGCCACCAUGGACAUCAUCAAGCUGUACGGCGGCGACCCGGCCAACUUCCUCGACGUGGGCGGCGGCGCGACCGCGCAAGCCGUCUCGGAAGCCUUCAAGAUCAUUCUGUCCGACCCGAAAGUGACAGCCAUCCUGGUGAACAUCUUCGGCGGCAUCAUGCGCUGUGACGUCAUCGCCGAGGGCAUCAUCACCGCCGCCAAGAACCUCAACAUUCAGAUCCCCGUUAUUGUCCGACUUCAGGGCACGAAGGUGAACGAGGCGCGCAAGCUGAUCGCGGAGUCGGGUCUGCGCAUCGUGCCGCGCGACGACCUGGACGAGGCGGCCGCGCUGGUGGUGCAGCUCAGCGAGAUCGUGUCGCUCGCCAAGAAGGCCGGAGUCGAGGUCAAAUUCGACAUCCCUAGAUACAUGCUCGAGAAGUAAAACAGUAUUAGAUCGCCCAACACUCGGCAAACGAUCGAUUUGUUUGCCGAUGUUUGUACUCAUCUAUCAUGUUUCACCAGUCGGUCAAAGGUCAUUCGAUCUGUUCCUCGUAUUAUCGUCGUGUGAAACGCGAGAUAACCUUUACGGUAUAUAGUACCUUGCAGUUCGUUUGGUUUCCCUAUAUCCGGCAACAUUUGCUCAAAGUGUCUGCACCUAAUUAUUAUUUAAUCAUCAGAAAAAGCAAAAAAUUUUGACCUC